CGCGCUGGCGUUUGGCUGCCGGGCGGUGUCUGUAGGGAGCAGCGGCGAGAUGGCGGGGCGGUCUAUGCAAGCGGCAAGAUGUCCUACAGAUGAACUGUCAUUAAGCAAUUGUGCUGUCGUGAAUGAGAAGGACUUCCAGGCUGGCAUGCAUGUAGUUGUGAGGACUUCUCCAAACCACAGAUACAUUUUCACGUUGAGAACCCAUUCAUCUGUUGUUCCAGGCAGCAUCGCGUUCAGCCUACCCCAGAGAAAAUGGGCCGGCCUCUCCAUUGGACAAGACAUAGAUGUCUCCCCAUACACUUUCGACAAGACCAAGCAGUGCAUCGGCACUAUGACAAUUGAGAUAGACUUUCUGCAGAAGAAGAGCAUUGAUGCCAACCCGUAUGACACAGACAAGAUGGCUGCUGAAUUCAUCCAGCAGUUCAACAGCCUGGCUUUCUCAGUAGGACAACAGCUUGUGUUCAGUUUCAACGAUAAACUUUUUGGCCUGUUGGUGAAGGAUAUUGAAGGCAUGGAUCCCAGCAUUCUCAAAGGGGAGCCCGGCACAAGCAAGAAACAAAAGAUUGAUGUGGGUCUGGUUGUUGGGAAUAGUCAAGUUGCAUUUGAAAAGGCUGAGAACUCCUCUCUCAAUCUGAUUGGUAAAUCUAAGACCAAGGAGAACCGCCAGUCAAUCAUCAACCCUGAUUGGAACUUUGAGAAGAUGGGGAUAGGAGGUCUUGACAGAGAAUUUUCAGACAUCUUCCGCCGAGCGUUUGCCUCUCGAGUUUUUCCACCAGAGCUUGUGGAGCAGAUGGGCUGCAAGCACGUGAAAGGCAUCCUGCUAUAUGGACCGCCAGGCUGUGGUAAAACACUGAUGGCUAGACAGAUCGGCAAGAUGCUGAAUGCCAGAGAACCAAAGGUGGUCAACGGUCCAGAAAUCCUCAACAAAUAUGUAGGAGAGUCUGAGGCCAACAUCCGCAAGCUCUUUGCUGAUGCAGAAGAGGAGCAAAGGAGGCUUGGGGCAAACAGUGGUCUCCACAUCAUAAUCUUCGAUGAAAUUGAUGCCAUCUGCAAGCAGAGAGGGAGCAUGAUGGGCAGCACUGGGGUCCAUGAUACCGUCGUUAACCAGCUGCUGUCUAAAAUCGAUGGGGUGGAACAGCUAAAUAACAUCCUGGUCAUUGGAAUGACCAACAGACCAGACCUGAUUGAUGAGGCCCUGUUGCGACCUGGCAGAUUGGAGGUGAAAAUGGAGAUUGGUUUACCAGAUGAGAAGGGCCGACUUCAGAUUCUUCAUAUCCACACAGCCAGGAUGCGGGAACACGAGCUGUUGUCUGAAGAUGUAGAUAUUAAAGAAUUGUCUGUGGAGACCAAAAACUUCAGUGGUGCUGAAUUAGAGGGUCUGGUGCGAGCAGCACAGUCUACUGCUAUGAACAGACACAUAAAGGCCACCACCAAAGUGGAAGUGAAUAUGGAGACGGCAGAGUGUCUGCGUGUAACAAGGGGAGACUUCUUAGCCUCUCUGGACAAUGAUAUCAAGCCGGCAUUUGGAACGAACCAGGAGGAUUAUGCAAGUUACAUCAUGAAUGGCAUUAUCCAGUGGGGAGACCCUGUAACAAGGGUGCUGGAAGAUGGAGAAUUGCUUGUCCAGCAAACCAAAAACAGCGACCGCACUCCGCUGGUUAGCGUUCUUUUAGAAGGUCCCCCACAUAGUGGAAAGACUGCCUUGGCAGCAAAGAUUGCAGAAGAAUCCAACUUUCCAUUUAUCAAGAUCUGUUCUCCUGAUAAGACAAUUGGCUUUUCUGAAACUGCAAAGUGCCAAGCUAUGAAGAAGAUCUUUGAUGACGCAUACAAGUCCCAGCUCAGCUGUGUAGUAGUCGAUGACAUUGAAAGGCUCCUAGAUUAUGUUCCUAUUGGACCACGAUUCUCCAACUUGGUUUUGCAGGCCCUUCUCGUGUUGCUAAAAAAGGCACCUCCUCAGGGUCGCAAGCUUUUAAUCAUUGGAACCACCAGCCGUAAAGAUGUCCUGCAGGAAAUGGAAAUGCUAGAUGCUUUCAGCACCACCAUUCAUGUACCCAGUAUUGCGACAGGAGAGCAGCUGAUGGAGGCCUUGGAGCUGCUCGGUAACUUCAAAGAUAACGAGCGCAGCACCAUUGCACAGCACGUCAAAGGGAAGAAAGUGUGGAUCGGAAUCAAGAAGCUGCUGAUGUUGAUCGAGAUGUCAUUACAAAUGGAUCCUGAGUAUCGUGUGAGAAAGUUCCUGGCACUCCUAAGAGAAGAAGGGGUUAGUGUGCUCGGCUGAGUGGAGACGGACCAUGUGCAGAGCUCAGUGGCUGGAGAAGUGACCAAGCUGGAGAAUACACUGGGAUUUGUGUUCUUCUGUUCAACCCACUGGACAAAGUGAAAUGUUCAUCUACCUUCAACAUCCCACUUGGAAUUUGCAUGUUUAGCAAAAUAAAAUAUCCAUUUUUUGCUCUUAAAUAUUCUGAUGUCUUGUGGAAUGGUCAGUCUCCUUUAGAAUACCUUGCUUCUGUUCUGUGCACGCUAAAGUACAUUCUCACUGGUUUAUCAUGGAGGACGUGUCCAACGAAUUUUGAAGCUAACACUUAAGUCCAGCAUUAAAUUAAUACCACAACAUGGCACCUUUUCUGUAGAAAAGUUCUACUUCUAACCUACAGUGGUGUAGUCUGCAGGUGUAUUGCAGUGUGUUUGUGAUAUCAUUGUGAUGGUGAAUGCUUUCCUGUACAGGUGUCUGUCGUCACAUGACCCAGUGGGAUUGGCUGUUGAGCCUGUGAUGUCACUUCACCAUCCUGCCUGAUAUGAUGUCCUGUAAUGUUGUUUCAGACAGAACUAGCUUUUCUGUGAUGGUUCGAAACACGAGGCAGGGCAGUCACUGUCUGACAGCAAAGCUCAGUAAUGGAGAGGCUACAGCCCACUUUGACAUUCACCCAGUGGGGCUAACAGCAAUAGUCUCUGCAGCUGGCAGUGAGUGGCAUUGGGCAGAGGUGGGUUCCUUUCCUAGCUAGAUACACACACAACAAUCAUUUUUGUAAAGCUUUGACGAUUUUUUAAAAUUUUCUCACUCAAACAUCUUUGGAUUCAUAAUGUCAGUUGAGAACCUAAAUUUUAUUAAAAGCCAGUGUGGGGGGUAUUGAAGCCAGAACUGGCAUUAACCAGUCUAACUAAUCCUGCUUUCCUGAUGAGCUACUAAGGGUUGGAAAAAAUGAUCUUCCCUCUCAUCCUUUGAAAGGGUGGGUACCCGCGUUCUUUUUCCGGAGUUCUCCGGGUUCUGCAGGACCCCUUGUGUUGCCAGGGCAGGCUCAGUUUCCAUUCUUGCACUGUGGUAAAGCAAUGUACCAAACUUUGGCUGCAAAGCACCUGCACGCUACACGCUUACUGAUAACUGAGUGAGAAUUCUCUUCCCCUGUCAAUGAGCUCCGCCCGUAUUUUAACAAAGUGCAUGGAGCAUGCUGCUAUAUUUUCCCCACCCGUGACAGGGUGAGGCAAACAAUCAAAGCCAUUUGCAGGCUUCAAAAUCUGCCUAGGCUUACUGCCAAAGGCUAGCAACUCAGACACCCCUAGGGGUUUGGGAGCAACCUCCUUCUCUGCGAAUGUCCUUUGGCCUCGUGGUUGAAGGCAAACCAUUCUCUGGACCUUGCUGUGUACUUGAACUUGGUCAUGUGUUUUAGCCAUUUAACUUACCUCCUUGAUUUUUUCUUCUUUUGUUGAGUGCUGCUGUAUUGUGAUUUUGUGAGUCCCAGUGGCCAGUAUGCACCCUCCCAUAUUUGUGUAUGAUCUUGCAACUUUCAUUUGUCCCCUUCUCCCUCCCCCCCCCCCAAUCUUAGUGAAAGCAGCACACAAUGUAUUAAUUUAUGUCUGAUUAAAUUAUGUAAACAUUUUAUUGUGGUUUUUUUGUCCAAAGAGAUAUUGAGAAACAUAAAUAUUAUAUGGUUUAAAUGUAGAUCAUGGAUGCAAUAAAAAGCACA